AUUUACGACACUUACGUAGAACUGAAUCAAUUCACCUCGCCGUACGAUGCCCUCUGGAUCGCCCUUGUCCAAGUGUCCGCCGUUUUUCUCUGCUAUCAUAGCAGCAAAUUUGCUUGCAAGGUGAUGAUGCAACGACUGGGUUUCGCCCUACCAAUGGCGUUGGCAGUACCGACCACUGUGUUCGUACUAUCAACUACCUGUACAUUUCGAUCGGCUGAUUCCUGUCAUAUGACCAACACUCUCACAAAGUUAAAUACUUAUGCAACUCAGCACACAAAUGCUCAGACUCGAAUUCAGACCUGA